AAAGAGGAGACCUGUCAAUACAUUUUUGCAGCUUCGCCAUGAAAAGGUCACAAUGUCUCUGAUAAAGCGAGCUGGAUUAAAGGCAAACAUUUCGAGAUGUGUCUAAGCUUUAAUGAAAGACAGAAUAAGGAGUGCUUUUGGAGAUUCUCACUCUUUUUUUAAAUGUACACCACCAGGAUUUUAGGUCAUAAGAGAGGUGUAUGCGUGACCGAUCUCGUCUGUGAGGUCAUCAGUGGCCAUGAUGCAGCAGAAGCGCAACAUUCAGAUCAUCGAGUGGGAGGAUCUGGACAAGAGGAAGUUCUACUCGCUGGGUGUUUUUAUGACCAUGACCACGCGGGCGACGGUCUACCCGUUCACCCUGAUCCGCACCAGACUGCAGGUCCAAAAAGGGAAAUCGCUCUAUAACGGCACCUUCGAUGCAUUCUGUAAGAUUCUGAAGGCCGAGGGGAUGCCCGGCCUCUACCGAGGCUUCAUGGUCAACUCGUUCACCUUGAUCUCGGGUCAGGCCUACAUCACUACCUACGAACUGGUGAGAAAAUACGUUUCGGGUUACUCGUCCAAUAACACGGUGAAGUCUCUGGUGGCGGGCGGCUCUGCCUCGCUGGUCGCCCAGAGCAUCACGGUGCCCAUCGAUGUGGUGUCCCAGCAGCUGAUGGUGCAGGGUCAGGGGUGUCAACUCACACGCUUUAAACUCAAGCCUAAACACAAGGUGACAUUCGGACAGACCAGAGACAUUGUGGUUCAGAUUUUCCACGCGGACGGAUCGAGGGGUUUUUAUCGUGGGUAUGUGGCGUCGUUGCUCACGUACAUACCGAACAGUGCCGUUUGGUGGCCUUUUUAUCAUUUUUAUGCAGAGCAGCUCUCCAGACUGGCGCCUUCUGAGUGCCCGCACCUUAUCCUGCAGGCCGUGGCCGGGCCAAUGGCCGCAGCCACAGCCUCUACGUUAACCAAUCCCAUGGAUGUUGUCAGAGCCAGAGUCCAGGUCGAAGGCCGUUCGUCUGUGAUCGAGACGUUCAAGCAGCUGCUAGCCGAGGAGGGCGCGUGGGGUCUCACCAAGGGCCUGUCUGCUCGCAUCAUUUCCUCCAUGCCCACCUCCGUCAUGAUCGUCAUCGGUUACGAGACGCUCAAGAGACUCAGUUUGCGACCCGAACUGGUGAACAGCAGACACUGGUGAUAAACUCACCUACUGUAACCUGGGUGUUGGACCGCUUUACCUCAGCCCUGUUCUAUGGGCCUCUCUCUUCCUUUUAAACCGAUGCCUUUGCUUUUUUUUAUGAGGACCAGGCAAUAAUCGAUGGACACUGAUUUGUUCAAAUGUGAAACUGUAUUCUAGAUUUGUUAUAUUUCGUUACGUUUAAUCUGUUCUUGUAAACAGGUAGACUACUAAUGUGUGUGUGUGGCCUAGACUAGUAUUGUGUAAUGAGACCAUAUGAAACUUUAAUUUGAACUUUUCGCCCGUUGUUUGUUUAGCAUUUUAAAUGAUGGGUUUAAACAUUUAUAACACGGUUGUCGCCAUGUGGUUGGAAGAAUGAGAACAGAAUUUUAAAAUUGUAAUUGCUAUACCUGGAAAAGACAUGGAGACAUUCUAGUUAUUGAUUUUCAGCUCUUUGUGAGUUUGUUCUGAAUUACAAAACGUUUGGAACGAUGUUGGAGAAAUUUGAUGAUAAUAAUUUAUGUUUGGGAGGCCUUGCAUUUAACUUUGAGAAAACAGUGGUUUGGGGCCAAAGCUUUUACAAAUGUUUUAUAUGUGUGGUUCAUUUAUUCCAGAGCUGCUAUGGUGCUUUUUGUCUAAAUAUGCUUACUAAUGUUAAUCAGUGUCACACUCAUGAGUGCAUUAAAUGAACUGCACAAAGACACACACACACACAACAAAAAUACUUUUAUUAAUGUGUUUGUUAUAUGCUGGUAUGUAAAGAAUAAUUGACAACAUACUGAAGUACAUCUGAGGUGGUAAAAUGAAAAGAGAAAGGUGUCUGGUAAAGCUCGUGAGAGAUUUUGUAGUAAGUUUGUCAGUUGUUUUAUCCUUAAAACACAUUUCUGUUUGUACAGAAUGUGCAGUAGAG